CCGGCUCGUCUACCUGGAUAAGAACGCGCCGCUGCGUACCGCCAAGCACCCGCUGACGGUCAAGGCCAAGGCCUGGCUCUGCGUCGGAGGUCACAUGGACCCCCAGCUGGCCAUGGGCGACUUGCGCACGGACGCGCCUACGGUUUCCCGUAACUCCACCAUGUUCUUCACUCUCUGCCAGAGGUUCGACCUGGGGAUCUACGCGGCGGACUUGGCGGAAUUCCUGCAAGGCGACGAGCAGCAGGACCAGCAGCUGUUCAUGGCGCAGCCCCGCGAGGCAAUGGUGGGCGAAGCUCAACCCGACAUGCUUGCGGUGAAGGAGGCGCUCACGGACAACUUCGUGUUCCGCCUACGUCAGCACUCGCUGGAUCCAGCGUCGUACUACGGCUUCGACCAGCACAGGGAGCUGUGCGCGGUGGUAGUUGCCCACGUGGACGACCUACUGCUGGGCAUUUCGCCGAAGUAUUCGGGAAUGUACGAUAAGCUCUGCAGGCUCCUGCCGUGGAGCGACUGGAGAGGCUGGCCUUUCACCUUCUGUGGCAAGCAGGUGUGGCGAGACGAUGGAGGAGCGCUACAUCUACGACAGACCGAGUACGCGAACACCAUCGAGGAGAUCUCGCUCACCACGGAGCGUAAGACGGAGCUGACGGCGGAGGCGACGCCAGACGAGUUUUCGGACGACCGCUCCGCUCUUGGAGCGCUCGGGUGGCUUUCUUACCAGACUCCGCCAGAUCUGGCGGCCGGAGUGGCCAUGGGGCAGCGCACGCAGAACAAACCCACCGUCCAGGACCUGCUCGAGACGAAUCGGCUCAUCGAGCUGGCGAGGAAGCACGCGAAAGCCGGUUUGGAGCUUCCGAAGCUGCGCGGCCCGCUCUGCUCGGUCACCUGCCACGACGCCAGCUGGGCCAAUGCCGACGAGCCACCCGAGGGAACGGUAUUCAAGCUUCUCUCGAAGCUGGUGGGAUCAGGCAGUAAGGACAAGAAGGUCCAGGUCCGCUCGAAGGCCGGCCAG